AGCUCUAGGACCCUGCGGCCCGCCGCUCUCUGGUGCCGGAGCAGCGCACCUACUCCGCCAGACUCUUGAUCAAUUAUUUGCAUGCAAGUGUCCAUCCGGAGGGUCAGUCUGGAGAUGGCUGCGAAUCGGAUGGGGAGGCGCUAUAACAAUAAGAUCCACUCACCGAACCGAGGCACCAGCCGGGAAGCUGGACUGAGUGUGCAGAAGAGACAAGCACGAGUCACAGUAAAAUAUAACAGAAAGGAACUCCAGAGGCGCCUGGAUGUGGAAAAGUGGAUAGAUUGUGGACUUGACGAGCUGUAUUUGGGAAGGGAAGAGGAUAUGCCAGAAGAAGUGAACAUUGACGAGCUACUAGAUCUACAAAGUGAUGAAGAAAGGACGCAGAAGCUUAAGGACAUUCUUCAUACCUGUGGAAACAACACAGAAGUCUUCAUCACAGAAUUGGUGAAUAAACUUCAUGGUUUGCAGAAACAAGAAGAUCUUCACAACAAUGGGAUUGAACAUCCCCAGCUUCACAUCUUCCCUGAUUGCCAGGGCUCUCCUGACACUGAGAGAAAUUGAGCACCUGCUCAAACAUCUACAUCUCUUCAGUCUCCUGUAUUAAAAACGCUUCAUAUCAACGCAUCAGCAGCACAUGUUGCUGUCUUUAAUUUGUCAAGUAACAAAAAAGAAAAAGAAAAAAGAAAGAAAAACCCUAUAAACAUAUUUAUGUAAAAAUCUUGAGUGACUAACCACUGCAUGGACCUAUGACAAGUUGUCUUUAUAAUUUUUUAAUUUUAAACAAUUAUAAAUUUGUCUGUAAUGGUUUGUUACUGUAGAAGUGAUUUCACAUAAUGAACGUGUAUUUGUUUAUUUAAAUAAUUAUUUCUACCUGAUCCCUUAAAAUUGCUUUCAUUGGUAUAGCCCAAUAUAGUCAGGUUUAUUUGGUAAUAUAAAAAAAACUUAUUUGGCUUUAAUAAAAAGUUAAUUUAGUGAAUGUUUAGGUCACCUGAGAAAACAAUAUGUUCAGUGCAUAACAGCCAUUUUAAAGAGUUUUUCCUUUGAAAGACUGACCCAUGUAAAGGAUUUUUCUCAUGAAAUUUGAUUUUUUUUUUAAUUUUGCUGAACCAACGAGUUUUUCCACAAAUGGACCAAAGAUUUUUGCAAGGUGCUUUUUCGAUUUCAAAUCAGUUACAGUAAUUCCCUGUUGUGUUGUUUAUGUAUGUGGUUGGAUUUUGCAGGAUUAAAUAAUUUUUCAGGAAAAGUAUAUCAGUGCUGAAUUUAAUAUGCUUCAUUAAAUUAAAACUGACAGCUUAAGCUUUUUCCCAGUAGAAAUGAAGGCUGAUUUGUGACAAAAUAAUAAGGUAUUGUUAAUAUGUUUGCUGCUACUAUAUGAACUACUCAAGCUGGUCAAAUGUAUUGUAUGUUUGAAGAAGACUCCACAUUUUGAAUUAAUUCUUGAGUUUUCCUCGUCUAGCUCUGUAUUUAGUUUGUAUAAUUCACCAGUAUGUUUGUUUGUACAGUGGCAGAGUGGCAGAAUUUUCUUUUGCCAAGCUUUUUUUUUUCCUUGCUUAUUUUCCUUGUUUGUUUUAUCUUGUAUACAUAAUGAUGUGAAACUGAGCAAAAAAAAAAUAAUGGGCUAUUUAUCUUUUGGUAUCCUUUCAUUUUAAAUGAAACAAAAACACUCCAGCUAAAGAACACAGAAAUAAAGAAUGCUGUA